AUGCCUGAAGACACCCAACAAGGUGGUGCACCAGGUGCCUCUUCGUCCCAUAUGAUGAAGACCACGAAACGUGGUCGUCCAUUUCUUAAGGAUACGCUGGACCUGUUCGCUACCCUAGUCGUCUCGCUCGAUCUUACGACCCACAAACAGUUUUUCAAGUCGUUCAAUAAUUCCUUUACCACCGACGAGGCAGCCGCUAACCUUGCCGCGUUGAAGUUCUCGCAAUCCAAUCGCGGGCCGGAUCCUCGCGACCCUUCGCGCAUUGUAACCACAACGACGACCACGACCUUCUCGAUGACUCGCGACAUGGCGAAAGCAAUGUGCCAACACUUCAUGGAUGCUCGGCUCAUUGAGAAUGCGGCUGAUAGGAGCUCGAACUUGUUCAAGGAGCGUGGUGUGUUCGUCCUCACUCCGAAGGGCCUUCACGUCUUGGAGCGGUUCAUUUCCAAGAACGGAAUCAGUGCAGAACCUUUGGCAAAGGUUUUCUCUUCUCAACCGAUUUGUUUGAAGCUACUGCACCUUGAACGACGGUCCUCUGAUGAUGAGAUCAUCAUCUCUCAGGCCGUAGUAACAGCCCUGUUCCGUCGCUUCGCCGGUCGAAAUGCGAAUUACAUGCCUGAGUCAACUGUACCAUUAGACCCGUCACAAGAGUACCAUGAACGCUCAAAGGGCAUUCCUCUAAUGGAUGUCUCUGAGCGCCAACAGGGUAUUCUUGGGCGCAGUAAUGUAAGUGUGUUCAAGUACUGCUUCCAGGCAGUCACUGCGCUUGAGUGGCUUUGCGAUUUCACUUCGAUUGUUGGUCGCGACGAAGCUGCAGAAAUGGCUGCGCAUUUCGUCCGUUUCGGACUGAUUGCAAUUGUAAGCGACAAGCGCAAGGGCAACGAUUCAGCCAUCAUCUUCACCGUACGUGGAAGCGCACCCGCAGGAAAUUCAUCAGUGUCGCAACAAGGUGAAUUCCGUUGCACAUCUAAAGCUAUCUACCGUAUUACGGAUGAGGGACGUCGUGUUGCUCGCUGGGAUUCGCCUCAUGGGCGCCGCGAUUCGCCCAACGCAUCCACAACGAACGUUUCCAGGGAGGAAAGACCGUCAUUGGAUAGGAGAGAAGAUUCCAGUCGCCCUGCCGAUGUUACCAGGCGUAGCGUGAAAGAGAGUAAUACCGAUCGCCUCAGAUACAUUUUGAAUGAACCUGCAGUCCGGUCGCUCUUUCGAGAUUUCCUUCGUACCAACUUCUGCGAGGAGAACCUGUCUUUCUGGCUUGAGGUCGAGGAUUUCAAGCGGAAAUUCAACACGACAUCUAGCGCAAGAGGUGGAGGUGAUGCUCGUGUGAAGGCCACUCCAGGUCAAGCAGCGAUGGAAAAACAUCACGAAGGUCUUAUUCAGAUGGCUUUCGUCAUAUACAACACUUAUCUGGCUCCAUCGAGUCAGUGCGAGUUAAACAUUGAUCAUGGCCUGCGAGGCGAAUUGGUUGGGUACCUCAGCCAAGUGAUGACCGACAUUACUGGCAAGUCGUUCCAGGGACGUGUGGAGCCGGAGCAAGCUGCAGCGCUGAACGCGACGCAGCUUCAAACAAUGAUUCGUCUAUACGAUCGUAUCCAGACCCAUGUUUUCCGUCUGAUGGCCACGGAUUCCGUUCCCAAGUUUAUCAAGACGUCCGAAUUUAAGGCACUGAAGGCCUGGGUUGAGGAUGAUGGAUCAACAGAUGAUGACUCUCCAGAGCAAGGUCGUGCGAAUCCUGUUCAUCCGCCGGGACUUGAGAGCGAUGAGGUUGGACGUGUCCAUGUGACAAAAUCUGAAGCUGCGAACGACCACCCUCGCCGACAACCUAAUGAGCGUCAGGGCGGAAAGCAAUGA